AGAGUGACGUUUAGUUUCGUUUGUGUUUAGUUUUGUUUUUUUCAAAAAGUGUGAAAUUGUAGAAAGUGUUAUACAUUGUGAGUUUCCUGAUAAGACAAUAACAAAUCAAAAUCGGUUAUAAAUUGAAUAAAUAUAACAUAUGAAGUUCUGUAUUACGACAUUUUCGCGCCAAAAAGUGAUAAAAUUUAUAAUUGUUAUUGUUUUUACCAUAUUAUAUUGUGCACUAUGAAAGUAAGAUACGUGAUAUUAUUACAAUCUAUAAAGACACGUUAGGUGAUCGGGUAGAUUUUGAAUCGAUGUUGAGGCAAAAUAUAGCCCACCCUCCUAAACCGGCUAAAGUGGGGUCCCCCGCCCUCCGUAGGAGAAGUAAGGGUAGACAAAGGGUAGUCACCCCUAUUCGGAGGGGAGCUCGAGCCUUGGGCGACCGCCGUUGGUAGGGGAAGGGAUUACUAUUUCAAGUUCUUUUUUUUACUUUCUAACGGGUCGCGCAAGUGUGGGAAACUUUAGUUGUGACUUUUACUUCGUUCGUUUUUCUUAGUGAUAUAUUAAGUAAAGGAAGUUUGUUUUCUCAUGGAAAAUCGUAUUGAAAUUACAGAUUCAAACUCUAUGGAGUUGAUGGUGAAAAAACAUUUAUUAUCAAAGAGCAAGCUAGCGACCAUACAACACGGAGACGAAGGGACUCAAUUUACAUGUGUAGAGUGUUCUGCUCAGUAUGAUGACAAGGAAAAAUUAGAAUUGCAUCUGUUUUCACAUUACCAUACAUACAGGUUCUUGUGUGGAGUGUGUGGAACUGGACUCAAACGCAAGGAACAUUUAGAUAGACACAUGCAGGAACACACGGAGUAUAGACCGCAUGUCUGUCCCGAGUGCGGGAAGGGAUUCAAGCGUAAAGAACAUCUUAAUAUACACAGCUCAAUUCACAAAGGAAAUAAAAACUUAGCAUGCUCUCUCUGCCAUAAAACAUUUUACCGUAAGGACCAUCUCCAAAAGCAUUUACAGACACAUAAUAAACACUUUAUGGAGGUUAAUAUUAACCCAGUCAGUGAACAGGAAUUGGAUAUUAAACAGGAGCCAGAGGAGUAUGAUGAACUCCACCCGAUCAUUACAAGUGUAACUGGCAACGCACACAGUGAAUCGUCUCUGGAGAUGGACGAUACAAGUGAAUCAACAGACCAGGCCAGCAACAAUUCUAUAGGUCCUAUGAUAUUUGAUAGCACGAGGCCCUUCAUGUGCCCAGACUGUGGGAAGAGUUACAAGAGGAAGGACCAUCUCAAGAUACACAGCUGGACUCAUAAGAAAAAGGAGGUUCUAUGCGGUCAGUGCGGGAAGGCAUUUCACACGGCUGAUCAGAUGUUGGUUCACGUUAACUUGGUCCACCUCCGAGCCCAUGAAGCCAAUAACGAAGGUGUGAUGCAGCUACGAGCGCUGCUGGGGGACCAGAUAGACAUCGAAGUGCUCAAUGAGGCUCCCUCCUUACUCGUACCGAGGAAGAAGCCAUCUCCAGAGAACCGCCCUCACGAGUGUCCCGUUUGUCACCGCAAGUUUAAGAGAAAACAGCAUCUUAAAAUACACGCCAAUGUUCAUCUCAAGCAGACGACGGCGGCGAAUACCGUCUGGUGUUCGCUUUGUAAUGAAGGUUUCUCCGAUAACGCAAUGUUCGAAAGCCACAGUUGCCAGUGGUCGGGCCAAGACUACGCAGAGAACGGCGAAUACGAGCAGGCGCAGUUCAGCUCGUCGCACGACACUAAGAAAGAGAAUAACCCGAUCGAAUUCGUUGAGGUAGUGGUUAAUGAAACAAAUGACCUCCAAGAGGAGGCGAACAUCCCGAUUCCGCGACGCGUGUUCGUCUGCAAGUUCUGCUCCAAGCCCUUCAAGAGGAAAGACCACUACAAGAUACACCUCCAUAUACACACCGGCAUCAAGUCCUUCUUCUGUCCCGACUGUGGAAAGGGUUUUUAUAGAAAGGAUCACCUUCAGAAACACAUGAUCGUACACGCCAAGUUCAAAACGAAACCGCGACCCAAGAAGGAGAUCCCUGACCUGUUCCCUAUCGACAUGUUAGCGAAGAAGGACGUUAAACCCGAGAUCACUAUACAUGCUCCGUCUAACACAAAGCUGCGUGUGCCGCUGCAGAUCAAGGUGCCGUACCAGAUGGUGGUGUCGCUGGACAACGGCGAGCGACGCGCCGUCACCGUCGACCCGCAGGCCGACGCCUAGUGCCGAGUGGCGGCGCCACUGAACUACUGACUACCAUCCGAACGAGCCCUUGAGAGAAGACAUUACUGUCUUUUGGUGUCGUCACUUGUCGUCCAUAGUAUAGAACAUUUUGACCCAGGCCGAGAUGCGUAAUGCCUAAAUGAAGAUGUCUUCGAAUCUUAAUACAAUAUAGCAUAAUGAUGUGAUUUUUUAUUAGCUUUUAUAUAUAUUUCAUUUAUUAUUACUAGAAGAAUUUAGACAGAAGUGUAGGUCUCUCAGUAAUUCCACAUUCGAGAAUACCAAAAACUUUCUGGUGAAAAAAUCCACUUGUAGGCAUAGUGAAAUGAUUUGCCCAGCAACGAGUAGGUAGUUACGCUUAUGACGAUUACGAACUUAACUUUGGCUAAUUACAUUUUAAUAACGUUUAAAUUGUAAUGGUCGUUAGUACAACACAAAUCUUGUAACACUACGCGUGUAGUAUUAUUCAAAGUAUGAAUGGUAAAUUAUUCUGACCCAAAUAAUAAUAAACAAACGUAAAUAGCACGCCUUGUUGACUAAAAAAUUAAAGAAGAUUGAUUAAAAAAUAAAAGAAGUAAUAAGCAGCGUCCAUUAAAGAAAGUCCUGAAGAAUAUCGCGGUAUCAAAUCCCGAAAGGAUCGUUUGUUAUUCAAACUCGGUGGAAAGAAACUCAAUGAUAUAAGCUCCAUACCUUUAAGAGCAGUGGACGUCUUACUUAUGAAUUAAAAUUCGCUUCACUAUAUAAAAUAUAUUAAUAAUAACAAUCUGUAGGCAUAUUCCAAAAUGCUGGGUCCAAAACGAAUGCGUAAUGUAUGAUCUCCUAGUUAUAAAAAUAUAUCGUUUAUUAGCAAUUUGUACAUAUCUUAAUAGUCUACGACAAAUAUAAGAUUUCAACAUAAUCACGAUAAUUCUUAUUAUAUUAUAACGUCAACGAUUUUAAUGUAGUUCGUAAGUUUCAGAUUUUGAUAUAAUUAUAAAUUAUCUCCAAUUUUUAUAAAUUAAACGUUGAAAAUAUUAAUAAUAUUAGUUUUAACAAAAGUCAAUAGCUGAAACUUGAUUGCAAAGACACUUAGCUGCGUCAGUUUUUAAAUUUCAAUAAAUAAAUGAUUGACUUAAAUUUUAUUAUAACUGUUGAAUAUAGAUAAAUGUAAAGUUCUGUGCUGAUUCUCGUAUAUCCAAUCUCUAAACUUAAAUAAGGAGGUGUUCUAUGUUCCAAUGGAGCAGGAGUAACCAUAAACAAACAUUAGCUUGCCAUAUUCCACGAGAUUUGCUAAUAGUUCUGCUGUAUUAUGCACUACAAACAUUUGAUUAUUGUCUAUUUUAAUACAAAACUUUUCCACUCACUAAUUUCACAGAUUAUAUAGAUCUUAACCAACAAUGUCAUGUCAAUUGAAGGCCAGAGACGUUUAUUUAUCUUUACUCCUUCCAUCAUUGCCAUCGGCUGUAGUAAUAUAGCUGUGUCAAAUUAGUUUAAGUAUUGUGUUAAACUGGUUUGGCACCGUUGUUUUAAAAUAUUUAGUAACUAUAAGUUCAGUUCGAUUGGGUUUGUAAAUAUUUGAGGUGCCAUGCAAUGUACCAAAAAUUGAGUAUGUUUUACCUUCGAAGUUCCUCUUGUCUUUACACGAAAUAUCUUGUGAUCUUAUUUGUAAGUUCAAAUGUGUAACAUAAAGUACAAAAUAAAAAAAUAUUUUGCACCGA